AUGGCAUCAGCAUCCAACAAGAUCGAUACCGAACCCUCGAAGAAGCGAAUCUUUCUCAAUGGCUUUGACAUGUUUACUCCUAGCCAUCUCAGCUUCGGCCAAUGGCGAAGGCCAGAGGACCGUUCGAAAGAUAAACGAAGAGACCUAUCAUAUUGGAUUGAUGUGGCCCAAAUACUCGAGCGAGGCGACAUCACUGCGUUUUUUCUGGCAGAUACAUACGGCCAGCAUGACGUCUACAAGGGAAGUGCAGAACCAACUGUGCGCACUGCUUGCCAGUACCCAAUGGGCGAUCCUUCGAUACCGGUAACUGCCAUGGCCGCAGCGACCAAGAACCUAUCUUUCGCCAUUACGACAAGCACCAGCUACGAGUCGCCCUUUGUUGUUGCAAAACGCUUCUCCACAAUUGAUCACCUCACAAAGGGACGCUUUGGCUGGAAUAUCGUCACUUCGUUCAAAGAGUCCGCUGCAAAGGCUGUUGGUGUUCCAUUUGUCGAGCACGACAAGCGAUAUGCAAUUGCAGACGACUACCUACGCUGCCUGUACAAAAUCUGGGAAGCUUCUUGGGCGGACGAUGCGCUGAAGGAAGAUGCUGAGAACGAGAAAUAUGCUGAUUUUGAUCGAAUCCGGUACAUUCAACACCAAACUGAGAUUUUCAAAAUCAAUGCGUCUCAUAUAUUGGAUCCUUCUCCUCAACGUACUCCAUUUCUGUUUCAGGCAGGGACUUCAUCUGCAGGCAUGGCAUUUGCCGCAAGUCAUGCCGAAGGCGUGUUCGUGGCUGCCCCUUCGCCGCAUAUCCUAGCACCACGCGUGGCAAACAUCAGACGGGAAGCCGAAGCUCUUGGUCGUGAUCCUCGGUCAGUGAAAGUGUUCGCAGUCAUCACGCCUAUCAUCGGACACACUCAAGAAGAGGCCCAAGAGAAGUAUCAGAGGGCGCUCGAAUUCGCCAGCGCUGAAGGUGGCCUAGCUUUCUAUUCAUCCAACGCUGGAAUCGAUCUGAGCAAAUACGACCUUGAUUGCGAGAUUACGCCAGACGAUGUGAGCGUUGACGGUCGCGUGCACUCUCUUGUCAAUUCACUAAAAUAUCACGGCAAUGACACACCAUCCUGGACCCCUCGAAAUAUCGGGAAAGCAGUUAGUUUGGGUGGAAACGGACCUGUACCUGUGGGAAAUGCAGAGAAGGUCGCUGAUAUUCUUGAAGAAUGGAUUGAGAUAGCGGAUCUCGACGGGUUCAAUGUUGGCUAUGUGGUUAGCCCGGGCAGCUUUGAGGACCUGGUUGAUCUUCUGGUCCCUGAGCUGAGAAGAAGGGGACGGUAUCCCGAGAAGAAAGACCUAGACAGUGGAGUGACAUUGCGCGAACAGAUAUACGGAAGAGGCCAGAGCAAGCUUCGAAACGACCAUAUUGGUAGUAGUUAUAAGUACGAGCACUACGAGAAGAUAGUAGGAGGUGUUUGA